AUGAAAUCAAACGACUUCAUGAUUAUAAAGAAAAUACCAAAAGACCAUCAAAGCUUGUUAUCUGCAUCUGUUUACAUAAAUAGUUAUAAAAGAGCAAUUGAAGAGCUGGUGUUUAAUUCUCUUGAUGCAGAAUCCAAUUCAAUUGCAAUUAGAGUUAAUAUUCAAGAAAACUUUAUUCAAGUAUUAGAUAAUGGUAGUGGUAUAGCAAAGCAUAAUUUCGCUCUCUUAGGGAAUAAAUAUACAUCUAGUAAAUAUCUUGAUAUUACAACACUGAAAUCUGCCCCUGAUAAAUAUGGUUACCGAGGCAUAACUUUGGCAAGCAUCAUUGAAAUAUCACAAAUGGUGAAAAUAUCUUCAAAAUUUCACACUUCUAAUAAAACAUGGAUGAAAACAUUUUCUAAUGGCAAAGAGGUAGACUUUAGUAUUUGUGUCACAAGGCCAUCUAGCGGUACAACUGUAGAGAUUUUUGGAUUCUUAUAUAAUUUGGUUAUUCAACACAAAUCUAUUGACCCCUUAAAAGAAUUACAGUACAUAAAGUUAGGUUUAGAGCAAUUAUCAUUAGUGCAUUGCAAUGUAUCAAUUAGUUUAAGGGAUGAUUCUAAAAAUGAAAUCAUAUUUAAAGUAAACAAAAAUAGAGAUAUUUACCAAACUCUUAAGUCUUUAUUUGGAAUACAACAACAUGAUGUCCAAGAUCUCCAAGUAGAAAAAAAACAGUACAAACCUGUGAAUAUCUAUAAAGGCACAAAUAAAGCAGAAGAUAAUGAAAAUAGCAGUACAAGAAAGAAAGUCAAAGAAAUUAUGGAAAAGAUAUUAAAUAAAAAUACUUAUAAACCUAAAAUCUCACAACUAAAAAAAGGUAUAAAAGGUAAGAAUGUGAAAAGGAAAAGAAAGACUGACAUUUUAUUACAUGAUGUUAUAAAUAUAAAGAAGAUGAAUAAACUAAAUAAUGUAAUAGAUUUAUCUAAAGUGGUAGACCCCAAAAGAAAAAUAACAAUAGAAAAUCAUGAAAAUAAAAUUAUUACAAAUAUUAAUGCUAAGAGUAUUAAAGUUAGUAAUGGAAAUAAAUCUCAAAAUAAAAUGAAAACUAAGAAUGUUGAACAACAGACUAUCCCAAAGAAGCUAAAAAAAAAUAAACAAAAAUAUAUUAAAAAUAGAUAUGAUGAAAGUCUACAUAAGCCAAAAAGAAUUAAACAUAAAAAAAUCUUCAAAAAGGAUUCAGACCAGAGUGUUAAGUAUAAAAAUGUUUAUGAUAAAAAUAUUUUCAAAAAAAUAAAUUUACCAUAUGUUGAAGAUAUUUUAGAAAACAAUGACAUUGUAAAAUAUGAAAGAGACUUUAAAACAUCGUAUGAUCUCAUCAAACCUAUUACAGAUUAUGUUUCACCAGUCAUGCCUAAAAAACAACAUUUUGUUGUUCAACAACAAACUCAGUCGUGUAAGGAAAUUGAUUUUACCACAUGUGAAACAUUAAUAUCUAAAUCAACUUUUAAAAGUCAUAACUAUCAUCAAAAUUUUGAAUUGAAGAAAAAUGUAAUGAAAGAAUUUAUAAGUACGAAUUCACGUAAAAACUUUUUGUUACAUGAACACAAACUAAAUCCUAUACAUAAAAAUAGAAUGAAAUACAAGGAAAAUAAUAAAAAAAUAUCUAAAAAUACCUUAGAAAUUUUAAAUGAAAGUGCUCAUGUACCAUCGAACACUAAUGAACUAAAAAGCAAUGAACGAACUAUAUGUUCUAACAUUAACACACCCCAAGACAAUAAAUAUUUUACUGAUACCUUUCAUAUUGAUAAGGAAUCUAGAUCGAGAGAAAUUUCAAAAGAUAACAAAUAUACAUAUAGCACUGAUUUUAAUUAUGCAAACACUUAUACUAUUGACGUAUUAAGUUCUUCACUUUUUACAAAUAAUAGUAAAUUCAGUAACACUUACUCAAUACAAAAAUACAACUACUCGACAUAUAGAACCCAAUGUAGAAAGUCUCCAAUAUCGCCUAAUCAAAAUGAAAAAUUUGACUUUAGCAAAAGUCACAGUUAUAGAAAGGAUAAUAUUAUAAUAUCAGAUUCCCAAACUUUAGAACCUUUGAAUUACUGUGAAACCAUGUUCCAUACUAAUAACUUAGAUGAUAUUGAGAAAGAGUUCAACACAAGCUUUUUAAAUAAGGACGUAAUAGAAGAAAAUCUAUUGGAUAGAAAUAAAGCUAACGAUUCGUUAUUGAAUAACGGGCUUAUAGAGGAUUUUAAUAGUAUCGAUUUUGCAUUUAACGAAGAUUUUAAUAAAAUUGAAUUAAAUUUUAUGGAGUUUGAUGCUAAUCGAAAUAUCGAUGACCAAGUUAUAACUAAUAUGGAUGAGAAAGACAACUGUAUAAAUAAGAAUACAGUAAAGGUAAAUACAGUAGAAAACGAUAAAGUUAUAGAAAAUACCAUUGGAAUAGAUUCUGAAAAUAUGGAUAAUUUUAAACUGAAAGGACGCCAUAGCUUCGUUCCUAAAGGAAUGUCCCAAAUUUUCAACAUUAACAGCAACAUUAACAUUAAUAGCAAAACUUCACGUCCUUAUGACGACCAACAAGAAUACUAUGAGGAUGAUAUUUACCAAAAUUUCGCUAAAGACGUGCUCGGUAAUUUCAAGAUUUAUGAACCAGAUGUUGAGAAUGUUAAAGAUACCGUCACAAAGCAUAUUAAAAAGGCUAGUGAUAAAUUCAACAAGGAUAACACUAAUUUGAUGUUUAAUGCAACCUCAUUGAAACAUGCUACAGUUUUAGGACAGGUGGAUAGAAAAUUUAUAGUAGCUAUAGUACAAGGUAGAACGUCAAAAAACGGUAAAUUUUCAAAUUUUUUAGUGCUCUUUGACCAACAUGCUGUUGACGAAAGAGUAAGACUUGAAACUAAUUUAAAAGAUUACUAUAAUGGCAAUGAAUGGAAAAGUGCUUCAAUUGAUUCUGUCAUAAGGUAUAAACUAAAUAAAGAUGAUUAUUUCUAUCUUUAUAACCAAAAGGAAAAAUUUUACCACUUUGGUUUGCGAUGGACGUUUGCAGACAACGAAAUUCUGAUUCAUGCAAUUCCUACAGCAAUUCUUGGAAAAAAUAUUAGGGACGUUGAAAUUGUUAUAAAAGCAGUAAAAAAAUUGAUCUCAGAACAAAUAGAAUUAAUUAAAUUGCUUAAAGGUAACGUGUCCUCAUACCCGAAAUCAAUAAUGAAUUUAGUUUUUAGUGAGGCCUGUAGAUAUGCUAUUAAAUUUGGGGAUAAAUUAUCAAAAAACGACUGCGUCAAUAUGAUAAAUGCUCUUUCGGAAUGCAAAACUCCUUUUCAAUGUGCUCAUGGCCGGCCUGUAAUAGCUGUUCUUCUGGAACUCGUAGACAAUAAAACAAAAUACACGAUUAAUCUUAAUAAAAUAAAGAAAUUUAUAUCUUUUCUA